UUCAUGUGUUGGACAGUACAGAAAUACUUUUGAUUCCUGUGGAGCUUAGACCUCGCAAGCAGUUGUUUGAUUCCCCUGAACACUGUGGAACAUCAUGAAUUUGGAGGUGCCAGAAAGCUUUGAAGAUGUCGCUAUUGAGUUUUCAACAGAGGAGUGGAAGAUGCUGACCAAACAACAGAAAGAGCUGUACAAGGAAGUGAUGGUACAGAACUAUGAGAACAUGAUUUCACUAGGGUAUGAUAUCGCAUGGGAGCAGUUUUGGUCUUUUAUUGAGAGAGACAGGAGUAUUCCAGCAUGUAAUACCAAAGGAGUUAAAGUACUGGAACAAAAUACACUUCCUGAUGCCGUGACCAGUGAUGUCAAGACACUGCAUGCCAAAGGAAAAGUAGCUAAAUGGAAAAGAGCGAAGCGUUGCUUACUGCCACACAAGUCACAGAGCAAGACGUCGACCAUGGAAAAUCAUGGGGGGAAUGCUGCCAUGGAGGAAGAUGAUAGAGGAGAAUCUGUAGCAGAGGCCACUAAUUCUGACCUUGGCUUUCUUCCAGAUGACAGUGAUGAGAAAAGGAGUGAAGAAGACAGCAAUCUGUUUGCCACAUUACAAAAAUGUCUGUACUACCAUGGUGAUGAGGAAAAUGGUCUCAAACAUGUGGAGAUCACAAAACAUCAGUUACCUGCAAACCCGGUAGACCUUGAGGAUGGUUGCACCUUCUGCAACCAUGGCAAAAGCAGUUUUCAGGUCUCUGUGCAGCAGUCAUUUACUAAGUCCUGUGGAGAACAACUGUGCUGUGUGGUGCACUCUAGGCACUCUCCAAGUCUUGAGGAUCCACUGUCCUCAGGUGAUGAUGAACCCCUGGGUCUGGUGAUGCGUUCCAGGCAGUUUUCUUCUGACAGUGAAACAUUCCAGCCAACUAACUCUCCAGAAGAAUCCCAUUCUGAAGUAGCACAGUCGCCAAUGUAUAUACCACCUUCAGUGCAGGAACCUUUGUGUCCUGAAGAAGAAUAUAGCCAUACUGAGUGGAACAGUCAGGAAGAAGAGUUCCAGCACCAUGAUGAAAAUCCCACUAACACAGUGCUUCCACAUCGUAAUGCAACUAACUGUGAAGGUGCCAGUCCCACACCCACAUGUGAAUGGGAUAGUGAAUUACAUCAUGUGCAUGUGAAGGAGUUUGUGGCACCAGUGGGACCCACAACAUAUAUGUCCUCAGAACGGAAUGAGCUGGACUUCCUAAAUCUUAUGUUUCCCCCAUUGUUGUACACAAAAAUUGCAGAAGAGACCAACCGCUACAGUGUACAAUGUCAGUGUGCUGCAGGGCAGGCAGAUCCACGUUGGAAACCAGUCAGUGCAGAUGACAUCAAGGCAUUCCUUGCAAUGCAUAUCUACAUGUCCCUGGUACGUCUUGCUGAGUACAGAAAGUACUGGGACACUCAUACUUUGUAUGGCAAUUACCCCAUAGGGAAGAUAAUGCCCCGUGUAAGAUUUGAAAAAAUUCGCCAGUACUUCCACCUCAAUGACAACACCACCAACCCCCCCAAGGGUCACCCUGGCCAUGACAAGCUGCAUCCUAUCAGACCUGUUAUGAAGUUGCUACUUAAAACAUUCAAAACACAAUAUAACCUUCAUAGAGAGGUUUCUGUGGAUGAGGCAGUGGUAGCAUUCCGUGGCAAUCUUACCUUCCGACAGCACAUACCAGCCAAACCACAAAAGUAUGGAGUGAGGGUGUGGGUACUGGCAGAUGGUCACAAUGGCUACAUCAGUAACCUCCACGUUCACACUGGAAAAGAGGAAGGCAUAUCAGAAGAUGGACUUGCACAUCUUGUAUUGAUGAAGCUUACUAAGACUCUGCAUGGAAAAUAUCAUCAUGUGUACUUUGAUAGCUACUUCACAUCAGUCAGCGUGGCCAAAGCAUUGCUCGAGCAUGGAGUGUACUGCUGUGGGUCUGUGGGCACAAAUCGUUCUGAAUGGCCAGGUGACCUCAACAAUAUGGCUAUUAAGAAACUUCAGCAAGGAGAUAUAAUUCAGCGACAAAGUGGACCCUUGCUUGCUACAGCAUGGAAAGACAAUCGUACAGUCUUUCUGCUGUCAACAAAUACAGACCCAAUCGAACUGCAGUCUACUAUCUGCAAAAGGCAGCAAGAAGGAACCCAUGUGCAGAUACCAUGUCCUUCUCAUUUGCCACGCUACAAAAAUUAUAUGAGUGGUAUGGAUGUUGCAGGCCAGCUGUGCACAAAAUAUACAACCGGUAGAAGGGCAGUGAAGUGGUGGAUAUAUCUGUUUUGGUUUCUCUGGGAUGUUGCUGUUACAAAUGCAUUCAUACUAUUUCGAGACAGUGAGAAUCACCAGGUUCAUUCUCAAUAUGGUAAUAUUCGUCGACGAACACAAUUGGUGUUCCGAGAAGAGUUGUCAACACUCAUGCUAGCUCGUCAGCUGUCCGGUUCUAUGGUAUACCGGAAAAGGAGAGCUCCUGUGAAAGGAAUGAAUAUGCCAUUGCAGAGUGGACCACAUUACCCAAUUAGAAUGCUUAAAGCUCGAUGUCAAAGUUGUCUCUUACAAAAGAAACGCACGGAGCCAUCACAAGGCUGUAUGGCAUGUGGUAUUAACUUGUGCAUUGACUGUUUUGCAGCAUACCACAAUUAUGAAGAGUCUGGUGGCUCAUCAUGAUGUGCGUAUAUGCUGUCAUAAAGUUAAACUAGUAUUGCAUUCAAGGCAAUCAUCCACCUUGUGGUAUGACUGUGCUAUGGAAGCAUGAUUUCCAUGGCUGCAUUUUGCCCAUAGUGGUAAGAAGUCAGUGGCUGUAUUCUGUCAUGUUAUAUGCAGCCACUAUAAAUGUGCCAGUGCGUAGAACUGCAUUUUCUGCUUAGCAGUCUUGCACCCAAGUGCUGAAGGUUGGAAGUUAUGCCCAAGACCAUAUUUUAUAACUGAUAUCAGCUGGUGAGAAAACGGUAAAAGUGGUAUAUGCUGAAUUGUGCACUACCUUUUAAUUGCAAGAAGGAAAAUAUAUGCCAGUGUUCAAUAUUGCAACCCUUGUACCUAGGAAGGAAUAACCGUAACCAUACACUACUACAGGUACGUGUAUGGGUGAAGAGUACCUGGACUGAUCUGCACACAGAUAAUGAAGACCAUAGACUUUCCGCAGGUAUGAAGGAAGUAAGUUACUAAAAUGGACUUGCAGAACUAUUGCAACUAUAUGUAUUUCAUCAUGAGAAAGGAUACUGCAUAUCGCUCCUAAAGUCGCUAGUCAUUUAAUAGCAAAGUCUAC